CUCCUCGAUGGCGGCUCCCGCCUGAGGCGGCCCGGCCCGGCCCCGAUGGCGGCCGCGGAGGCGCCACCGCCCCCGGGCGAUGUGAAGCGGGCGGAGGCCGAGGAGUGGUGCGACAGCGGCCUGGGCUCGCUGGGCGAGGGGGCGCUGGGGCCGCUGCCCGCCAGCCCCGGGCCCGACGAGACCGCGGAGGCCGCGCCCCCCAGCGCGGAGCCCGGUGCUUGGCUCCGGCACGUCCUGGGCUUCCUCACGGAGGACGGAGACACGGCGCUGCACUUGGCCGUUAUCCACGAGCACGAGGCGUUCCUGGACUCCAUCCUGCAGCACACGGCGGGCACGGAGUACCUGGACCUGCAGAACGACCUGGGGCAGACCGCGCUGCACCUCGCUGUCAUCCUGGGCCUGGAGAGCUUCGUGCGGAAGCUGCGUGCGGCCGGCGCGGGGCUGGGGACGCAGGAGCGCGGGGGGCACACGGCGCUGCACCUCGCCUGCCGCGAGGGGCACCCGGCCUGUGCCCGCCUCUUGCUCAGUGGGCACCACCCCUGCACCGAGCCCGAGGCGAGGGCUCAGCUUGACAGCGUCAACUACGACGGUUACACCCCACUGCACAUCGCAGUGCUGCGCAAGGAUGUGGAGAUGGUGGAGCUGCUGCUGAGCGCCGGCGCCGACCUCAACAAACCGGAGCCUAGCUGUGGCCGCAGCCCCCUGCACUUGGCGGUGGAAGCGCAGAGCCCGGAGGUGGCUGAGGUCCUGCUCCGUGCCGGAGCUGACCCCAGCGCCCGCAUGUACGUGGGGUACACAGCACUGUACAGCGCCCGGCACCGGCCCGACCCCCGCCUGGCACCCCUGCUGCGGCGCUUUGGGGCACAGGACCCCUCCAGCGACGAGGAUGGGGACAGCAGCGAUGAGGAAGAUGAAGAUGAGGAGAAAGAGGAAUACGACGACAUCGUCAUCAACAGUGGUCUCUGCAUGGACUGAGCCCCCCCCAAGUCUCCCCCUAUUUAUCUGGAGGCUCCUGCUCUGGCUGCCUGGACUUUAGGGGAGCU